GAAAUAGGCAGAGAGCUGCAUUAUCAGGCACAUCCCUUCCCACCCGCGUCACGGGGUUUCAGGUUUUAGCUCCCAUCCGCACCUCCUCGCCACAGCACUCCCGUUCGUUUUCCCACUUUUUUUUGUCGCCGCCGAUCAGCCAUGAGCACGUCAAGUGCGAACAAUUAGCUGAGUCGUCACUCAAUGCCACCCAAGUCAGUCCGUGCUUGCCUGAAUCCGGACUGGGUGAGCGCGAGAAUCCCGGGGAGUUGUAAGUGAUCAGAAUGUGCGCGAUCUGUGACUGCUUCUGUGCCACAGAUGAGAAUGACGAGGAGAGGGAGCCCGUGUUCUCCGAGGACAAUGCAAUCAUGACGGACGCAGAUGUUGUGUAUCGCUGUCCAAUCAUCCUCGAGCCACGCGAUGGACUCAGUGUUCGCAUUCUAGGCGAGAUUCUGCCAACGUGCGAAAGAUUCUCCAUCAACUUGGUACUCAACACUCCAGAGCGAGAUGUGGCUCUGCACAUAAAUCCCCGCUUGCCACAGAAUUACAUCGUGCGCAAUAGCAAAGUUGGCGGCGUGUGGGGCGAUGAAGAGAGAACAUCAGCGCUGCCAUUCAGUCUCCAUCGAGGCUCCAGCUUCAUCAUCCAAGUCUUGUUCACCACAUCGGCCUAUUUAAUCUCUGUGAAUGGGCGUCACGUCGCUGCCUUCCAGCACAGACUCCCGUACAGCAAAGUCAAUUGUGUAGAAGUGAAGGGAGACGUUCACGAUGUGCAGAGUGAUCAGGUGUAUGCCGAGACUUACCCGGAAAAGGUGAAGAACUCCAACAGGCUGGUGAAUGUGCGACAUUUUGCAGACGAUGAAGAUCCCUCGGUGGCCUUCAGUGACACACGAAUCCACGUGCCAUUCUUCGGGCGUCUCGAGAUGCCUUUCCGCAGUGGCCAUGUGCUCCACAUCCGGGCGCGACUCAAGCUACUGCCUCACUCCUUCUACAUCAAUCUGCAAGUGGGCAACAAGAUCUGGCCACAUCCACUGAUCCACUUUCACUUCAAUCCACGCUUCCACGGCACCGGAGGCAGACACAUCAUCUGCCAGAACUCGUGGAUGGCAGGCGACUGGACUCGCGAGGAGCGCAGCGAGUGUCCCAUGGAGUUCGUCCCGGGCAAAACAUUCGAUCUGCGCAUCCAAUCCACGUACAACUCUUACCACGUGUACCUCGACGGCAGUCUCAUCUCUGAGUACCUGUUCCGCGAGUCUGAAGUCAAGAUUCCAGCAUUCCAGCCGGACACCAUCUACAUCCAGGGUGACAUCCAGCUAUUUGGCAUCUAUGUGCAGAACUCCUACGAGGAAUACCCCAUUGAGGAGUACUGAGGAGCCAACGAGACACAUCCAGGGAAACCGGGAAGCACUUGUAUUCAGAGAACUUCUUGGGCUGCAAAGUUACAAUUCUUUUCAUGCUGCCCAAUAGUUUCCAUAUUAUCCAGAUUCAACUCUACUUGUUACUGCUAUUUCUCUGCAUAUUAUUACCCUCAAUAUAUGUACACC